AACUUAUGUAUAUGCCAAACAAAGAAAACAAUCUUUCUGGGGUUAACUUUCUAUUAUAGCAGCAAUAACACUUUCCUGCCAAAAAUCUCGAAUCUUGAUAACCAAUCUUGUCAAAUUAAGUUCGUGAUUCAAACCCAACUCAACGUUGGACUGUUGAGAGAAAGAAAGAUGAUCAGCUUGUUUCUUUGGCUUGGUCUCAUGCAAUAAGGGUCAGAAACAGCCUUAGUGAGGAUAUGAGGUUCAAGUUGAAGAAGAUAGAACCAGGGGAAGAACAAAAAGAGCACAUGUUUCUGUGAGGAAAACAUGGUGAUCAUGAGACGUGAGCCUAGAAACUAGGUUGCCCUUGGGUUUCUUGUUAGUAUAUGGCAACCAAUUCCAAGUGGAAUGCAUGUUCAAUGAAAUGUGGUGUUAGAUGGGAUCUUUAAGGAAUUUGCUAUUAAUACGUGCCAUCCAAAGUGUGGGUAAAGGCGAUGGUCAUUCGGUCUCAAGAAGAUGGAUGUCAAUGAAAGCAAUUCUCAUUCUCAUGAAAGCAAGCAUUCAAUAGGUUCGGAAAAUGGAAAGGAAGACAAGAAAUCCACUGAAAAGGAUAUUCAUGAUCCUGUCUUCAUAAACCAUGGUUUGUCCCAUGAAAUCAAUGGAAGCAAUUCUCAUUCCCAUGAAAUCAAGCCUUCAAGAGAUUCCAAGAAUCGAAAUGAAGGAAAGAAAUCCACUGAAAAGGAUAGUCAUGAUCUUGUCUUUAUAAACCAUGCUGAGUUAGCUUGGCACCAGAGCAGAAAAGCAUGGAUUGGUGAUCGAUCUCGUGAAUCUCAAAGAGUGCCUAGGGAACCAAUUAUGAGCUGGAACACGAGUUAUGAGGAUCUACUUUUAUCUAGUGAACCUUUCCAACAGCCAAUCGCUUUAGCUGAGAUGGUGGAUUUUCUAGUUGACAUUUGGCAUGAAGAAGGGCUUUACGACUAGAAAUUGAGAUAAUAUUUCCAUUUUGUUUGGGAAGUUUUACAAAGAAAUAAACUCGUGCAUCAUGCGGCCAAUAACCCUAUAAAUGAUUGAAUCAUAGUAGUAUAGUUCAUUCUAUUGAUCUUGAUUGUAUAAACCUGAAUAGCUACACUGAAAAUUUACUGAAGUUGUUUUAACUCUGUUGCCCCUAACACAGCCAAAACAUAAAAAACAAGUUGUGUAAUGUGUUAUUGAUACAAUUAGUUUUUUUUUAAAA